AUGGAAAGCCCCUCGAACGAACUGCUCAUCUUGCACUUCGUCAUACAUGACGUAUACGACGGAAAAGAAAAUGAAAUCUCGAUGCAUGAAAAACCGUAUAUAAAAUUUUAUUGGAAAAAUAUAAAGUACAAAAAUUAUUUAAAAUUUUUUUCAGAUGAAAUAAACUGGUUUUGUGAAUUUUUCCUCCCAUAUCGACAUGGAGAUUAUAUAGAAAAUUUGAUAAUGCAAAUAUGGGCAAGUAGCUAUUUGAGCAGAAAAAAAAAGUUAGCAUAUAAUUAUAUAAAUAUAAAUAAUGUGGAGAGGAAUGGAAAAAUAAAUGGAAAGACAGAACUUAUUGGCAAAAGAAAAGGAUUAAAAGUUAUUUACAGCCUGCAGAUCAUUUCCUAUGCUUUAUACAAAUUCAUGAAAAAUACACAAACAUUUAUUCUGAGCAAAAUAUCCAUAUACAAAAUGAUGCAAAUACAUAGGCAGAACCAGAGGGAUCCUUGCCGGGAACAGACAAAUUUAUUUGAAAAAUAUAUUUUGUCCUUAUUUCAGAAGGAAAAUUACCAAAGGAAAAACACUGCCUUGCGGUUGAAGACGAUUCGACGCGGACAUAACCCUAAGAAUGUAAUCAACAUCAACCACGUGCACACACCGAUCGGGUUGAAAAUGGGGAAGAAGCAACGGGAGAAGAUGGUACCAAACGAAUUGCCCAUGUCACCUCUUGUACAGGACAACAUGCACGAGAAAGGGCCGACAACGAAGAAAGGACAAAAUGUUGAAGCGACAGGUGAGAAUGUGCGCGAACUGGGGGAGACGAAGAAGUCUGAUCCGGGGGAAGAAGUCAGGCAGAGGAGACAAAAGGCUAAGGAGGACAUGCGCCGGAAGGAGAAAAUGGUUUUAUUCGCAAAGGAGACGGACGCAUACCGAUCACAACAGAUGCCGCAUCAGCGCUCAAACACCAUGAAGGCUUUACGCGCAAAGGCGAUGGACGAACUGUACAUACGGGCGAAGGAAAAGUUACGCCAAAAAAACAAGGAUGAUGUACGUCCACGGGAAAUAAAAAAGACAACCACAGACACAACGGAAGAGGAAGAUGUAAUGAAGAUGCAUGAUGACGGUCAAGUCAAAUCCGAAAUAAAAAAGAAAAUCGCUCCGUUGCGUAGCAACACAAGUUGUAUGAAAAAAAAUUCCUUUUUCGACUUAGGUUACAAAAUACAUAAGUCCACACCGAAAAAAAUUGUUAAGUUCUGCAGCCUUAAAUUUGCCAAGCUCUACGAUGCAGAAUGA